CUUGCCGGAAGUGCCAGGGGUUGUGGAAAGAUCACAUGAGCCUGACCUGCGAGCAGCUGGCCGAGAAGGAUGACAUCAAAUACAGAACAUCUGUAGAAGAAAAGAUGACGGCUGCCCGCAUCAGGAAGUGCCACAAGUGCACCACCGGCCUGAUCAAAUCCGAAGGCUGCAACCGCAUGGCGUGCCGCUGCGGGGCCCAGAUGUGCUACCUGUGCCGGGCGGCCAUUAGCGGGUACGACCACUUCUGCCAGCACCCUCGCUCCCCCGGGGCCCCCUGCCAGGACUGCAACCAGUGUUCGCUCUGGACGGACCCCACGGAAGACGACGAGAAGAUAAUUCAGGAGAUCCAAAAGGAGGCCGAACGGGAGCAGAGGAGGAAGAGCAGAGGAAAGAGUCUCAAGCGCAUCGGCCCUCCAUUGGAGAAGCCUGCCGAGAGAAAGCCACGUCUCGAAGCCAUCCCCAGGCCGGUCCUACAGAACCUCAACCACCAACCUCAGAUGCCCCCCUACCCCUUCGUCCACCCUCCCUUCGCACUACCCCCCGCCCGCCCUCUGUACAACAACCUCCCCCUGAAUUUAGGCCCCGUCCCUGCCCCCUACGUGCCACCCCUGCCCAACAUGCGGGUGAACUAUGACUUUCCCGAGAUGAACAUGCCGCCGGAUGACGACCUCCCUAUGCACUUCGGCCCACAGCCACGGCACCGGUUCUGAUCCGGCACGGAGCAGCACCCCGUACUUUCUAAAGUCACUGCAGGGAAAUUCCAGCACUGGGAGGUGCUUC